UUGACGUUUUCAAAUUUCAACUUUGCGUGCGGCGGUCCUCGUGUGAGUUUUCAUCUCUCGGUCUUCUCCGGUUAGUUACCGUGUCUGCAUUUUAAUUUCAUCAUAAUCCAACAUCUGCGGUUCCUUUUUCGUGGAAUAUCCUGUUCAUUUGCUGUGCUGACUUUCGAUAUCUCGUUCAGCUUCUAUUCCGUUACGAGUUACGAGUUGAAAUGUCGUGGUUAUUCGGGUACAAAAGUCAAGUUCCUCAGGCUCCGUCAGGAGCUGAUGUUGGUGCCCCGCCGGAUCCCAGCUCAGCUGGCCAAGCAGCAGGUGAUGUGAAUUUGACCAAGGCUGAGCGCAAAGCAAUGGAAGCAUAUCGGUUCGAUUCUUCGGCCCUAGAGCGAGCUGCGGAAGCCGCCCGUACGCUGGAGAGAUCAAAGCAUGCUCGAGAAGCGCUGGAAUUGUCAAAAUUGCAAGAGGCGACAAGACAGCAGGAAUAUGCAACUAAAGUCAAGGAAUACGAAGCUCAUAUAGAAGCCUCCAAAGUUGAACAAAAACGCGUAGACCAUGAAGAGCGACGUAAAACGCUUGCCGAAGAGACGAAACAUCAGCAGCAGAGGGCACAGUAUCAGGAUCAGCUAGCCCGGAAGCGAUACGAAGAGCAACUUGCUCAGCAACAGCGAGUGCAGGAAGAGAACCUUCGUAAGCAAGAGGAGAGCGUAGCGAAGCAAGAAGCAAUGCGAAGACAGACUAUCGAGCAUGAGAUGGAAUUGAGGGAGAAGAACAAGAUGAAACUGCUGGAGGCGGAGCUUCGGGCAAAGGCUAAGGUUGAUCGCGAAAAUCGAGAUUUGACUUUGGAACAGAUACGUCUAAAAGCGGAAGAAAAUCGCAUCACUGUUAUGGAAAGUAUCAAAACGGCUGGUUCAGUUCUCGGUCAAGGUGCCACAGCGCUGCUAACCGAUUGGAAUAAGGUGGCCACUACAGUCGGGGGACUAUCGUUACUCGCCUUGGGAGUAUAUUCCGCUAAGGGUGCUACGGGUGUGACGGCUCGUUUCAUUGAAGCCAGAAUAGGAAAGCCAUCCCUUGUGAAUGAGACUUCUCGAUUUUCGAUCUUGGAAGCAGCCCGUCAUCCGAUACAAACUUUCAAUCGGUUCAAGUCUAAACCAGUAGACGCUCUACAAGGUGUUGUACUUCAACCAAAGUUGGAAGAACGUCUUAGAGAUAUUGCUAUCGCAACCAAGAAUACAAAGAACAACAAUGGCUUGUUCCGCAAUAUUCUUUUCCACGGUCCUCCGGGAACAGGUAAAACCAUGUUCGCAAAAAAGUUGGCCAACCACUCGGGUAUGGAUUACGCCAUCAUGACCGGAGGUGAUGUUGGACCAAUGGGCCGCGACGCUGUUACUGCGAUUCACAAGGUGUUCGAUUGGGCCAACACCAGUCGACGGGGAUUGCUGUUGUUUAUCGACGAGGCGGACGCCUUCUUGAGGAAACGGUCAUCGGAACAAAUUUCCGAAGAGUUGCGUUCGGCUCUGAACGCUUUCCUCUAUCGAACCGGUGAGCAGAAUCCAAGGUUUAUGCUGGUGCUGGCAUCGAAUACACCUGAACAAUUCGAUUAUGCCAUCAAUGAUCGUCUGGACGAGAUGGUCGAGUUCGUCCUUCCAGGCAUUGAGGAGCGUGAACGAUUGAUUCGGUUGUACUUUGACAAGUUUGUGUUGCAACCUGCGUCUGAGGGCAAGAAACGAUUCAAAGUAGAACAAUGGGACUACAGUGCCGUGUGUAGUAAAAUGGCGGAACUGUGCGAAGGAAUGUCGGGUCGCGAGAUUUCAAAAUUGGGCGUGUCGUGGCAGGCUGCUUGCUAUGCUUCUGAGCAAGGAGUGCUUACUGAAAAAAUGGUUUUGGAUAGAUGUGAAGCUGCCGCUCGACAACAUAGACAAAAGAUGGCUUGGCUUUCGGAGCAAGAAAAGCUGGAUCACAAAUCAAUCACAGGCGGAAAAGGAUUUCUAAUGUAACGUUAAGGUAAAAUCUAGAUUUUUUAUAGGGCUUAAAAUUCGAAACUUUGACCGCGGUGUAUAUUAUAGAAGGUUUUUGAAUUCAAUGAGCUGGUCUCGUUAUCCAUUGGAGUGAAAGGUGUAUCGCUUAUUUCAAACGCUGAGCAUGUUAUUAUAUUCAGUAUUGUGGAGAGUGAUCCAUCUUUGCUCCGUCUCAUGCGGAUCAACUAACCAGCUUGAUUGGAACGUGUUAUGUAUAUUGAACAAAUCUUAUUCCAAACUUAAAAGCUGAUCCCACUUCCACGCCAAAGGCCGUUCAUCUCAGGGAAAUUUAUAUUAAACUUCUUCGAACGAACUUUGACAUAGCCUGGAUAAGAGGACGUAGUGGAAUCUGAUUCCGACGAAUUAGAACAAUUUAAUGCAUUUACUACUCAUUUGCAUUGUCACUACUCGAAUGUGUUCAGCGACGGCAGUUUAUGAUCGUGAUCGUAUCAUAAUUUUUUUAUGACCCAGUGCUAGGGAUAGCAAUUUAGUAAUUUCAGUUCAUGUUGGAGAUCCUUUUUGUGAGAAACUGUAUUUAGUUGUGGCGAUGUGAUUGGUUAUAGAUCCGAAAAGUUAUAAUUAAAAACGUGUAUAGUUGAA